CUCUACCACUCAUUAAAUAUAACGUCUAUCAACACAUAGUAAGUUUUCUAAUUUAUUUAAUAAUAUAUUUACCUCCGCCAAGAGGUUAUGUUUUCAUCCGCAAUUGGAUGUGUGUCUGUUUGUCUGGGAGCAUGAUUAUUAAAAAUAUCAAACGUAAUACGAAAAUUUGUGGGGCUAACCGACAUUGCCCAAGGAAAAAAUUAACUAGAAAUACAUGCAUGCAACAACCCCUCGCCUAUAUUCUCCAUACAUUGUUUUAACACGAAGUAUUCGUAAAUAAGCCAACACUGAACGCAGGCUCGCGUUGCACGUCAUGUUAGUCAUGGCAACACGAUAACCUUUUAAAAAUUUUUUUGUACAAACCUGCAAAAAGUAGAUGAAAUUGAACACUUUUAAAUACAGAACUAUCAAUUUCUAAACUACAUAAAGUAGGUAUAUUAUUUUGGUUUCUAUGGGCUUUAUUUUAAUGUAAUAUUAAUACAAAGUCAUGCAUACAUAAACAAUUGAAACAAAUUUGCCCUAUACUUUAAAAUUUAUCAUACUAAAUCAAUUCUUAUAGUUAAUGUUUACCUUUAAAAAUUGAAGAAAAGUUUUACAAUUUGUGAUGUGAAACGAUUUUCCAAGCUUUCUUACAUAUAUUUUUUAAAUUUUACCGUUCUUCACUCCUGGCAACCAGCCAUAUUUUGAGAUCAGUGAGAUGACCACCCAUGAACCGCGCCCGCGAUAUUUGAUGAACUUUAGACUUCGCUAGUGCGAUCCUUAUCCCGGGUGUAUAUAGCCGGGGGGAAUUAGUACCCUCGCACGGCGCUUCGCGCCGUCGGCUCGGGGAUUAAAUUUGGAUAAAAAUUGUAUGAGAAGGUAGCAAAAGUUUGUCCAGCUUUGCCGGGAUGAGUAAACAGAGUGUGUAAUAAUUAGCCCAUUGUAUAAUUUAAGCAUGAUGCAUGAUUUAAUUCGCUGCCAGAAGUGUGCAGUCUCCGAGUUCUGUACCAUGUUUCUUUAUAAACUAGAUGACGCAUGGUCUGUUAGAGGUUAGUGAGUCAGAUGUAAAUAUAAUACAGGUAGUUGCCCAAUUCUCAUGUAGAUUUCUUUUCUUCGCGCUUCAAAGCUUCGUAAAAACGAUAGCUUAGUUUAACUAAAAUUCUUAUUGUCGAUAUAAAGGCUCUUGUGGUUACUAUUAUCCCCGAGCGAACGGCACGGACUGCCGUUCUAGGCGUAAGCGUUCCGGGCGUUUUGCUUAGAACUAUAAUACUUUUUUGAGUACUUUCUUUGCACUAUUGUACCCUAUCAUAUCAUAACUGGGUCCAGGGUACUAAUUCCGCACGGUUAUUUACCCCCGGAGAAAGGAAAGCGUUAGCGAAGUCUAAAGUUCAUCAAUAAGGUUCAUCGUUACCGUUCGUGGGUAGGCCUUUAUAGAUUGUCAUUGAUUGUGCUCCUAAUUUGAGCAAAAGUUGCUAAAAAAAAUGGGGAAACGUUGCUCAAAAGUUACCCAAAAUUAAAAUAGUUGCCGCCAAAAUUCAAAAUGUUUGCUAGCUUUGUCGCAACGUUUUUAUCGAUAAACAACACAAAAUAACAUAAAUUUUGCUUAGAACUAUAAUAGUAUUAAAUUAAUAGAAUGUAAAAUUUAAACUUUGAGCAAUAGAACAUAAUAUUAAAUCAGUUAAAUAAACUCAGUGUCUAAUUAUUACCAGUUCGAAUCUAUUUCACACUGUACAGUAGCUAUGUCUGCAUGUGCCCCUCUUUGUGCUAUGAGUGCCUUUGAUACAGGGUGCGUGUACCAGACAAAACGAGACCUUUAGAAAUUGCUGAUAUUAGGUUAAUUCUGGCUUCCAAAGGUCCCGCUUUUUAUACACCCUGUAGGUAGUUCGUAUUGCUUACUAUCUCUUUGCACUAUUGACUAUUGUACCCUAUCAUAUCAUAACUGAGGCCACAACGUAAUAUGUCACUAAUCGCCAAGGACAGAAUCAAGGACAUAACCGCUGUAAAUGAUUACUGCUGUCCGUUGUCCAAUGGGAUUAAUUGGCGCACAUUAACAUUGAUCUCUAAUGAUGCUUGUGAUGUUACUCUGAGUGUAUAUCCACACCGGGAAAGCUUGAAAAAUAUGCCUUCCCACCGUGGCCAGGCAUAUUUUUCAAGCUUGCCCGGUGUGGAUAUACACUCAGAGUAACAUAACAAGCAUCAUAUUCACCUGAAUACAUUACACCAACACGGAAAAAAUUGAUCUCUACAGCCUACAACAUUCUCUAUUGCCAAAAUUUGUUAUUUCAUUAAAUUAAAUUAAAUUAAAUAUUUGAUUUAAUCUUUUUAUAUCCCCAAAUGUUCAUUCCGUGCUUAAAAAGAUUGAAAGUUGCUCAUUUGGUGCUUAAUUUUAAACAGUCAAAAGUUGCUCCAGACAUGAGUAAAAGUUGCUUGAGAUUGCUCGAAAGGCAAAAAGUUGCUCAAAACUCCAAAAGUUGCUCACAAGUUGCCGAGCACAAUGACAAUCUAUAAAGGCCUAUUCGUGGGUGGUCAUCCUCACUGAACUCUAAAUAUAGCGGACCGUCAUGAAUAGCGAACAAUGUUGGGCAAAUUUAAAAUUUGUAUUGUAACGACUGCAUGACGACAGCGAAAUAACAAACAUUUUUUGUAAAUAGUAAAUACAUUUCAUUUUUGCAAGAUUUUGUAAAUUUCAAAAGCUUUUUUGAGAAAAAAGCCGAAAUGCUCGCUAAAAGAAGGACCGGGCCGACUCCUGUAUGACGGAGAUAAUAAGAAAAAUACAAUGUAUAUUUCUAUAUAAAUAUUUUUUUAGCAGUGGGAGUGUGCAUUUUGAUUUGACAUGGAAAGAGAAGAACCUUGAUAAGAUUUAUGGACGUGAACCUCGGGACAUUGCGAAGCUUGCUGCUGAUGUUUACAGAGCAUUGGAAGAUGGCAGACUUUUUCCCAAGCAAUUUAUUGUCCAUGGUAAGCAUUCUUUAAAGUAACUGUGUUUAUGUAAAAAAAAUGCAACUGUCGGCCCUCUGGCAGAAAUUCAACCUGCGGCCCCCACGAUUCCGGUGCAGCGCUCUAACCAACUCUACAGAGCCCGUGCAGUUGUCGAGCUCUAACCGCAAGUUCAUGCAUAUAUUCUAAGGUGAUCCCAAUCAGCCAAUGUACGAUCUAUGGGUAAAAAUCGGGAUUUGAUGCAUCCAGACUCGAGAUAACGUAACGUUGGCAAAUUAUAUGCAAAAGGAGAAUAAAAUACUUGAGAUACUGAGAUGUAUUUUAGGCUUUAGAACAUUUUAACAUUUUAAUUUUUUCUCAGUCGCCACUAUAGGGCUACUUUUGGAAAAUAAAAGGCAGUUCUUAUUAACUCGUUAUAAUUUGUCUCUUUAGCACCACCUGCACCACCAACUGAUCUAGUUGCCAUCGAUACCGAGCCAGACAGCAUCACUAUUGCCUGGGAACGUCCUGAGCACUUUGAAAUUGAGUUUUAUCACGUUCAGAUUUGGCAUACUUCAAGCAACAUGUCGCGAAAUGUCUCAAUGGUUUCUGGCAAAAGAAAAAGCGUAACCCUCGGUAACUUGGAGUCUGAGACAACGUACAAUUUAACAAUGUUCAGUGAAAACAGAUAUGGUGUUGGUCAAAGGAAAUCAAAUGUUCUUCAAGUGGAAACAAUGAAGGGUAAUGCUUUGUAAUUCUUGAAAAUCAUUGUAGAAUAUCAGAUUGAAUAAUACAACGAUGUAUGAUUUAUAAACAUUUUACAACCAUCCUACUAAAAACCUCCAUUUUUCGUUUUUUAUUUCUUUUCAUGUAUUUUUAAUUUACAAACCCUGUUUCAUGCGCAUGCUUUAUUAGUGCCUUUUUCUACAAAAUUUCGCACCUCAUCGCAAAAUGGUUUCUUAUUUUCUAUGAUGUAUAUCAUCAUACAUCUGUUCAUUAGAUAAGAUAUUUCCCCGCGUUAAGGUUAGGCUCAGGGAGGUAGGGGUCACACAAUCAUAGAAAACCGAAGAAGACUGCUCGCUGAAAAAAAAAGUUGGUGAAAUGAAGCCUUUAUGUAGUUCUGUUGUACAAACAAUUAUUGGAUGUUUCGUUACCUUUUUGGUGCUAUCACUGUUAACAAUUUGAUCAAAUCUUUGUCUGCCGGGUUCGUACAAAACUUGACAGCCCUUGAAUUUGAAACUGAAACAAAAAAUCAAGGCCUUGAAUAUCCUUGAAUUUGUAAAGAAGUACUUGAGAGUCCUUAAAUUGGGAAAUUGUUUGACAUUCAAAACGGACAUUUUGUUGAAUUUAUUUUGCAUGUUCAUCAUAUCUGAUUUUUUUCUCCGUUGGUGUUAUGUACUCAGGUGAAUAUGAUGUUUGUGGUGUUACUCUGAGUGUAUAUCCACACCGGGCAAGCUUGAAAAAUAUGCCUGGCCACGGUGGGAAUCGAACCUACGACCUUUGGAAUACUAGCCCAAUGCUCUGCCAACUGAGCUACGCGGUCAGGUCGGUUCGACUAUGUGAUAUUUUGGAACUGAGUCUAGUUCCUUCGAUAUCGAUGCAAUCUAGUAAUCUUGAUUUUGUUCUGUGUUGGUGUUAUGUACUCAGGUGAAUAUGAUGCUUGUGAUGUUACUCAGAGUGUAUAUCCUCACCGGGCAAGCUUGAAAAAUAUGCCUGGCCACGGUGGGAAUCGAACCUACAACCUCGUACGACCUUUUGACAAUUUACUGACAGCGCUGGGGCUUGGGCCAGGGUCUUAGCCAGCCAGCCGUCUUUUGGACGGCCAAUUUUGAUUGAACAAAAAAUACAAAAAACCUAUUAUUUUUUAACAAUUUGUACUAAAGCUCGAAAUUAAUAAAAUAGUUCAAUGCAAGCAAAACAUGCAGUUAGAAAUAGUUUCAAAACAUAUCUCAUGUAAAAAACCUCGUCUAAUUUUUGUAACCAGAACAAAACGGGAACAUUUGAAAAAGGCAAAUUCCAAGGAACAUUAAGCAGACAUUUGCAGGUCUGAAGCCUUGUUCACACUUCAAGGUUAGCCGGUUAGGUCUCGCCUUAGCCAUAGCCAUAGGCGUACGGGGCUGAUACUUUCCAGGGGGGGAGUUGAAGUUUGCUCGAAUUUUUAUGGAGGAUUGUAAUGAAAUUACCUGAAUCUAAACUAUUUUCUGAUAAAUCUGUCCGAAUUUUCUUGAUAUUUUCUAGAAUUUUCCCGAAUGUCCAUGGUCCCCCCCCCCCCUACCCCCUGUCUCGUACGCCUAUGGCCUUAGAAAUGUUUUCCUUUACUGAUUGCUGGAUUUAUUUUAUCAUUCUCACUUUCUAUUUCAUUCAGUCACUACCGAUGGUGUCGAUGUCGUUAUCAUUAUAAUCAUCGUUCUUUUGAUAACCGCUGUCUUGGCAUUUGUACUUGGAGUUGUUUGCUACUUUCGACGAAAAACAUAUUUUGCUCGUGUGGAUGAGCCAGCUCUUCAAAUGCAGCCAAAU